GCUGCAGCUACAACUUCUCAUGCGGCUGAAAGGAGCUCGUUUCUGGUUGAAAUUGGAAGCGGUUGUCCAAACUCUAGUUGCUCGUUAUUUCUGAGUAUUUAGUCGGUUAAUUUAAAGCGUGGCGAUGACUCAGGCUGAUAAAGAGCAGGAUAACGGGAAGGAGAAAGAAAAGGAGCGAGACAAGGAGAAAGAGAAGGAGCAGCAGCGCGGAGUGAAGCGACCCAUCGCUCCUCCGGUGAUCCCAGAGCCUCCGCAGGAGCAAAUACAGAGCAAUUUCAUCGUCGUCAUCCACCCUGGGUCGAGGACGCUUCGUAUUGGCCGAGCAACAGACACUCUUCCGGUGACCGUCCCUCAUGUCAUAGCACGCAGACACAAGCAGAGUGGACAACCAAGAUAUGAAGACCCGUGGCUGUUGAGAGACGGUCUAAACAAACCAGAGAGCAACGAGCAGCGGCAGAACGGCCUUAAAAUGGUCGACCAGGCCAUCUGGUCCAAGAAGAUGUCAAACGGGGUCAGACGGACUCCUGUGUCAGCUGAACAGGCCCGAGCGUAUAACUGUCAGAUCCGUCCAGCAGUUCUAGACAGCAGCUCCAGGGUGAAGUGGACAAACACGAGCCAUCAUCCUCCACAUCUGGUGGGAGAGGAGGCUCUCUAUGUGAAUCCGUCAGACUGUUACAACAUCCACUGGCCUAUGAUGAGAGGGCAGCUUAACGUUCACUCUGGUCCCGGAGGCUCACUGACUGCCGUCCUGGCCGAUCUUGAGACGAUCUGGAGUCACGUCCUUCAGAAGCAUCUGGAGAUCCCUCUUAAAGAUUUAAAGUAUUACAGAUGCAUCCUUUUGGUCCCUGACAUCUACAACAGACAGCACAUCAAGGAAGUUGUCAACAUGCUGCUGCUUAAUAUGGGCUUCUCAGCAAUCAUUGUGCACCAGGAGUCGGUUUGUGCUACGUUUGGCAGCGGGUUAAGCAGUGCUUGUGUCGUGGAUGUAGGCGACCAGAAGACCAGUCUCUGCUGCGUAGAGGACGGAGUGUCCCAUCGGAACUCCAGGUUGUGUUUGGCGUACGGCGGCUCAGAUGUGACCCGAACUUUCUUCUGGCUCCUGCAAAGGGCCGGAUUUCCCUACAGAGACUGUCAGCUGUCCAGCAGACUGGAUUGUCAGCUCCUGCAGCAUCUGAAAGAGACCUUCUGCCAUCUAAAUCAAGACAUUUCAGGACUACAAGAUCACGAAUUCCAGACUCGUUUCCCAGAAGCCCCAGCUCUUCUGUACCAGGUUCGACUUGGGGAUGAGAAAUUACAGGCAUCCAUGGGUCUUUUCUACCCGACCACAUUUGGCAUCGUAGGUCAGAAGAUGACAUCGCUUCAGUACCGUUCUCAAGGCGACUCCGAGGAUCCUCAUGAUGAGCACUACCUGCUGGCCACGCAGAGCAAACAGGACCAGUCCUCCAAAUCUGCUGCAGACCGAAAGGCUGUUUCCAGACCAGGUGGAGGUUUGGAUGGUGAGAUGAGCAGUCAGGGAGGAAUGGGGGAGUUGUCAGACCUGCCCAGGGGCUGUGGUAGCAGUGGCGGAGGUGGAGGAGGGAUGCAGGGGGAGAUGGAGCUUGGGCCUGCCCAGGGGGAGUGCCUUAUGGGGGCAGGAGAGGUGGAGGAGCCCCUGUCUGCUCACGUCUCCCGGAAAACCGCCAUCAUGAGCCAGUUUGAGAGCAAAGCACUGGGACUGGAUAAGGCAAUCCUGCAUAGCAUCGACUGCUGUGCAUCAGAUGAAACCAAACGCAAGAUGUACAGCUCCAUCCUGGUGGUAGGAGGAGGCCUCAUGUUUCACGGCGCUCAGGAGUUUCUGCUUCACCGCAUCAUCAACAAGAUGCCGCCUUCCUUCAGGAGGCUGGUGGACAACGUGGAAGUUAUCACACGGCCAAAGGACAUGGAUCCUCGGCUGAUAUCGUGGAAGGGAGGAGCAGUGCUGGCGUGUCUGGACACCACGCAGGAGAUGUGGAUUCACCAGAGAGAGUGGCAACGCUUCGGUGUGAGAAUGCUACGUGAGAGAGCUGCUUUUGUCUGGUGAAACUAAACACAUGAAGCUAAGACUCACUGGGAUACAGAGUGUGAAGCCGACUGCACAAACUGCAAAAGAAAUAUACUGGAAAAAAAAAAACAUAAAUGCAGCAUAUUGUUGUUUUUAACAAAGGUGAAUAAGUAUUAAAGGAUGUCAUUGUCCUUUAAAGCCACACGUGGUGAGACUGAAUAACUGAGUGACUGCAGAAUUUGUCACCGGUUAAACAGCUUGAAAUCAUUUGGUGUAUAGUUGGCUAAAUUUCACUUUUCUAACCAAAACGAUAGAAAUUAGGUUAAAAAAAUGUUCAGAAAGUCAGAAGAGACUGUGUGAGACUUGCAUGCUGUGUUCAUAUUUUUGCUCAGUGUUGCUACAACUCUUGAUCAAAUGAAUGCAGCGUUGUGGUCCCAGAGGCAAAAAUGUAAUUUCUUGUGCUAACGCUGAACACAGAGACAGUAUUAUAUUUUAAAUACCGUGUUGGUUGUGUCUAUCUUCAAGAACCCAGAUGUUGUCAUUAUUGUAAAAUAUUUGAAUGGUCUUUUGAUUGAAGAGUGGUACGUAAAUAGUGCUGUGAUUCUCUCAUGUUCAUGUCUGGAAUUGUAAAUAAAUCUGUCAAACUUGGAUACA